CCCGAACGAGAGAGCAAGCGUUUGGAGUCGGGAAAUUUCUUCCCCAGGCCAAACAUUCCAUUGUAUCAGAUCGACAUCCAAAUUUGAUUUCGUGGGUCUCACGUGCGAGAGCGAGAGGUUUGCGUGGGAGGCACAAAAUCAAGGGUUAUUGAUGGACUCGACGCAGUGAAUCGGGGUCUAGGUAACAAAUCGUCCGGCAAAGUAGGAGGAGGAGGAUAAGAAGAAUGACCGUGGAGAGAGCAAUGGACGAGAGAAGAGAAACUUGCAGAGCCGCAUGAUCCGGAGAGAGAGAGAGAGAGAGAGUCAGACAAUGUACUUUCCAUUUUUUACCUUGACCAGAAGUCAAAAAGAUGUCCGCGGAUUCGUGUUUCCAAGCAACGCGACAAACGCCCAAAAAUAACGGAAAAACUGACUCCAACGAAACCGAGGGAAGAAGAAAAAUAAGAAGCAUCCGAGCUCGCAUUUAGCGCCAUCAUCGUCGUCCUCGCCCAUCUCCUCCUUUCUCCCUCUCCUCUUCUUUCGUGCGACGUGAUCUCCAUCUCGUCUCGGACACGAAGUUUCGUCAACCCUCUUCGUCUUCUGUACCAGUUAUAUGUUUGAUGAGACUCAUUUGGAUGAGGUAAAAGCUGCGAAGUGGGUCCUGAUUGGUUUUUGCUUUUAUGGGCAACGCAUGCCAAGGAUCUCUCAAUGAUAAGUACUUUCAGGGCUACGAACAGCCCCUAGAGAAUUCCGCCGAUCCCGGGAGGAACCCACCAUCCGAUCGGUCCAAUUCCGGUCACUCACUGUACUUCUUGACCUCUCAGCAGCUCGUGGCCCCGGAGCUCGACGAGAAGAAAGAUAGCAAAAGUAACGAUAAUUUACCGCUCGUUAGUCCUUGUAAGAAAGAUAUCGUCAUGAGGAGGAGCGCUGAUAACCAGGCUUAUUAUGUAUUAGGCCAUAAAACUGCUAACAUCCGGGACCUCUACACGCUAGGUCGAAAGUUGGGGCAGGGUCAAUUUGGGACCACUUACUUAUGCACGGAGAUCGCCACGGGUAUCGACUAUGCGUGCAAGUCAAUCACAAAGCGGAAGUUGAUUGCUAAGGAGGAUGUGGAGGAUGUUAGGAGGGAGAUCCAGAUAAUGCACCAUUUGGCUGGUCAAAAGAAUAUCGUCAUGAUUAAGGGUGCUUACGAGGAUACAUUGUACGUCCACAUCGUUAUGGAGCUCUGCUCCGGUGGUGAGCUGUUUGACCGGAUUAUCCAGAGGGGGCAUUAUAGUGAGAGGAAGGCUGCUGAGCUAACGAAAAUCAUUGUCGGGGUCGUUGAGGCUUGUCAUUCGCUCGGCGUAAUGCAUAGAGACCUGAAGCCUGAGAAUUUUCUUCUCGUCAACAAGGAUGAUGAUUUCUCUCUCAAAGCCAUCGACUUUGGACUCUCCGUUUUCUUCAAACCAGGGCAAAUAUUCACUGAUGUGGUUGGAAGUCCAUAUUAUGUUGCCCCUGAGGUACUUCUAAAGCAUUAUGGGCCAGCAGCGGAUGUGUGGACAGCGGGUGUAAUAUUGUACAUCCUGUUGAGUGGUGUGCCUCCAUUUUGGGCAGAAACACAGCAGGGAAUCUUUGAUGCUGUGCUGAAGGGACACCUUGACUUUGACUCAGAUCCAUGGCCCCUAAUAUCUGACAGUGCAAAGGACCUGAUCAGGAAGAUGCUGUGCUGUCGACCAUGCGGUCGCUUGACAGCUCAUGAAGUAUUAUGCCAUCCAUGGAUAUGCGAGAAUGGAGUUGCCCCGGAUAGAGCACUAGAUCCAGCAGUUCUCUCUCGGCUCAAACACUUCUCUGCAAUGAAUAAGUUAAAGAAGAUGGCUCUGCGGGUAAUUGCUGAAAGUCUCUCUGAGGAGGAGAUUGCUGGUUUGAAAGAAAUGUUUAAAGCGAUGGAUACUGAUAACAGUGGUGCAAUCACCUUUGAUGAACUUAAAGCUGGUUUGCGAAGAUAUGGCUCCACGAUGAAGGACACGGAGAUACGUGAUCUCAUGGAUGCUGCUGAUGUGGACAACAAUGGAACAAUAGACUAUGGCGAAUUUAUAGCCGCAACGAUUCACCUUAACAAAUUCGAACGUGAAGAGCAUCUAAUUGCAGCCUUUCAGUACUUUGAUAAGGAUGGAAGUGGUUAUAUUACGGUUGAUGAGCUCCAGCAGGCUUGUGCCGAGCAUAAUAUGAUUGAUGUUUUGAUUGAAGAUAUCAUCAGAGAAGUUGAUCAAGAUAAUGAUGGAAGAAUCGAUUAUGGUGAAUUUGUUGCCAUGAUGCAAAAGGGGAAUGCUGGAUUCGGGAGACGAACAACGACAAACAGUUUAAACAUUACCUUGAGAGGUCAGCAGGGUGCUCUGUAGCAUCUGGUUGAGAAUGUCCCGCAGAGGUAUAAGCCUAGAAGGUUCAUGUCCGCCUUUCGGCUUAACAGCAUGUAUUCUGACAAUAUAUGACUGAUCAAAACUUCCUCGAUAGUUUCUGGUUGGACAGAUAGCAGAAUUGCCAAGAGAAAGAUCAUGAUGAUUGCAGAAUGGUUUUACUCUCCUCUGGUUGUGAAAUCCUGUCAGAUAGACGGAAGUCCUGGCCCAUUUUGGUGGAGCUUUUCCCUGUUAUGCUCUUGCGCCCUGUAUGAUUGAAGAAGGCAAUGUCCGGAAUGCCUUCAGUUGUAUACCAUUGUAUAUGUCUCUUACUCAUUUGAUCUGCUAAAUUUUUGGAAAUCUGAAGCCUUGUAUUAUCCGGAAGAAAAAAGUAACUAGAGUCUUCUGGCUUUUGUUGAUUCAUGGAUGUAACAAAGUUGAAUUCUUUUCAUAUCUGGUCGAUGGCAGUUCACCGAAA